AUGCAUCUUAAGGAAUACUGGAACAACCCAGAGCUGGAUGAAGGGGAGCAAUUCCUCCGGGAUUAUGUCCUCAACAAACGCUACGAGGAGGAGGGAGAUGAGGAGGAGGAGGAAGACGAGGAAGGGGUCCCUGACCUCCCUAUCCAGCUGGCUGUGGAUGACUCCUCCGAUGAAGGGGAGCUCUUCCUGAAAAAACAGGAAGAUUUUGAACAUAAGUACAACUUCCGCUUCGAGGAACCAGAUGCAGCCUUGGUGAAGACCUACCCACGAAGCAUUUCAUCCUCUGUGCGCCGCAAAGAUGAACGCAGGAAGGAGAAGAGGGAAGAGACCCGGGAGCGAAAGAAGAGGGAGAAGGCCAGGAAGCAGGAGGAGCUGAAACAGCUGAAGAAUCUAAAAAGGAAGGAGAUUGCUGCCAAGCUGGAGAGGCUGCGCCAGGUCACAGGCAACGAGACCCUGGGCCUUGAAGAACAGGAUCUCGAGGAUGACUUUGACCCUGCCCAGCAUGACCAGCUCAUGCAGAAAUGCUUUGGAGACAACUUCUAUGGCACCAUGGAGGAGGAGAAGCCACAGUUUGAAGAAGAGGAAGGACUGGAAGAUGAUUGGAACUGGGACACAUGGGACGGCCAAGAGCAGGAUGGAGGUUGGAGCCAGCAGGAACCACACUGUGAAGACCCCGACUUCAAUAUGGACGCUGACUAUGACCCCAGCCAGCCUUACAAGAAGAAGCGUGAAGCCCCCUCCACCAGCAAGAAGAAACGUAAAUCGCCCUUUGCUGCAGCCGUGGGGCAGGAAAAGCCUGUGUUCAACCCUGGUGACAAGUCCUUCGAGGAGUACCUGGAUGAGUAUUACCGGCUGGACUAUGAGGAUAUCAUUGAUGACCUGCCCUGUCGCUUCAAGUACCGCAGCGUAGUGCCCUGUGACUUUGGGCUCACCACGGAGGAGAUCCUGGCUGCAGAUGACAAGGAGCUGAACCGGUGGUGUUCUUUGAAGAAGACCUGCAUGUACAGGUCAGAGCAGGAGGAGCUCCAGGACAGACGUGCAUACCACCAGAAAGCCCAAAACAUGUGGAAGAAGAGGCAGAUCCUCAAGUCGCUCUGCUCCGAGGAGACGGAGACACCCACGGAAGCCACAGGAAAGCCGCAGGGAGACAAAGCCCGCUCGCGGGCACAGCUGCCAGCGCCUGAUAGAGCCCAAGGGAAGCGGCCGCUGCCUGAGAGCCCCCCAGCACAGGAAGAGGCGGCACGGGUGCCACCCCCUGAGAAGCCAGUCCCCCAGCAGCGGAGGCGGGGCAAGAAGGCGCGGCUGCUGGGCCCCACGGUGACGCUUGGUGGCCGAGAGUUCAGCCGCCAGAGACUGCAGGCCUUUGGCCUCAACCCCAAACGCCUGCACUUUCGCCAGCUGGGCCGGCGAGGCAGGAAACAGCGCGGGCCCAAGGGUCCCUGAGGACCCGGGGUUUCCUCCCCCAGGUACUGUCCCCGGCUGCGCCUCCCGCUUGUCUCAGCAGACGCAGGUCUGCCUGUGGGCAAGGGCGCAGUCCCCCCGUCCAGAUGGGGAACCGAGGCCGACGAACGAACUUCUCCUCGAGUCGCCUCUGUGCCCACCCGCGUGCCUUGGAACACUGAGCCACCCUGG